AUGUUCGCCCUCUCUGAAAAUCCUCGCACUGACUCUUCUUUCCUUUUAGAUUCCUUCUUUCAACUCACAAUCUCUCCGCUCGCUAGACCCCAGUCCCUCGUCUUAAACUCGUUUUCUGUCUUCACAGUCAAGCCACCUGUACAGAAGACCGUCGACUCUUUCCUUGCGCGAAAGCAUGUUAUCGAAAAGGAACAUGACGUACAUGAAGGCCAGCCUUGUGAGAAGCGACUUCGCCGAGAGCCCCCUCAAUGGCGCUUCGACCGACCGUUAGUUCCUCCCAAAAAGGGCAAGCUUGCCGUUUUCUACCGCCCAGUGCUCCAGACAAAUGUCUACAACUGUCAAACCAGUCAGAGGAGACGUGAAAAAGUCAAGAUGAUGUCUGCCGGGUACACGUAUUCACAGGCGGCUUGGUAUUCGCUACGGAUUCAAGCUCCCGAGACUUUUGCUUCGCACAAGACCAAGUUCGCUUCCAAGAGUUCUUCCUCCCGUAAACAUUCUGUCACUAAAACAUCUGCCACCGGCAAUUUUUUCAAUGUCUUUAAGGCCACUGCCAACGUCAAGGUAUCCGCCACUCCCGAGGCGCCUGCCGAUAACAAGCUGUCAGUUACUCUCAAUACACCAGCUGAAGUCAUCAAACUCACUGAGCAAGAUGACAACGAUGAGACAGAAAGCUCUGCCAGUCAACGCUUGAUGACGAUGGACAUUCAUGACAUAAUCCAUCCACCCAAGGAUGACGAACCAGAAAGCUCUGUCAGCCAACACUUGUCAACUGCUUGUCGCGACACCGGGGACCUUCAUGACAAAAAUACACAGACGACAAGAGCAAGUUCCUUCCGCCAACCCUUGACUAAGGAUGUAGUUCUAUCCAGGAAGUCAUGUCUAUCCGAAGGAGGCCAGGACUGUUAGGACACCGCUUACUCACUGCAAAUGUUUGGUCCGAUCAGAAGCAUUGGCCUUCCCAACGAGACUCGAAAACCUACAUGUAUCCUAGGCAAGUUCACUCGGUCAUGGUACAUCGCUCACAACCAGAAUACUAGGAUGGCGGAAUGGUCUCGUAGCAUAGUUACUGAAGGGUUGGGGUCACAAG